AUGGAUCGUGUCAGAGGGUUGACUCUGGUUAUUUUCACCUUGUUUCUCGUUGCUGUUGAUGCUUCUGAUUUGGUUUUCCCUGUUGAGCGUAAAUUCAAAGCACCUCAUCAGAGUUUAGAUGCAAUCAAAACUCAUGAUACUAAUAGACGUGGGAGAUUUCUAUCUGCUGUUGAGAUUCCUCUCGGUGGCAAUGGUCUUCCUUCUUCGACUGGGCUGUAUUAUACCAAACUAGGGCUUGGCACUCCUGCUAAGGACUUCUAUGUACAAGUUGACACAGGAAGUGACAUUCUUUGGGUGAAUUGUGUAGGCUGCACAGCAUGUCCCAAGAAGAGUGGUCUUGGUAUGGAUUUAACCCUCUAUAACCCAAAAACCUCGCAAACCGCAAGUGUGGUACCUUGCGAUGAUGAAUUUUGCACUUCCACAUAUGAUGGUCCAAUUUCUGGAUGCAAGCAAGAGAUGUCCUGUCCGUAUGGCAUAACUUAUGGAGAUGGAAGUACAACCUCUGGUUCCUAUGUGAAGGAUUCUCUUACAUUCAGCCGAAUAAGUGGUAAUCUCCAAAUCUCACCAGAAAAUAGCAGUGUGAUUUUCGGAUGCGGCGCAAAACAAUCCGGGACGUUGAGUUCAUCGUCUGAAGAAGCCCUUGAUGGAAUAAUUGGUUUUGGACAAUCAAAUUCUUCUGUACUUUCACAGCUUGCUGCAUCUGGAAAGGUGAAAAGGAUAUUUUCGCACUGCCUUGAUAGUAUCGAGGGAGGAGGAAUAUUUUCCAUAGGACAAGUGGUGGAGGCCAAAUAUAACACCACUCCAUUGGUACCAAGAAUGGCACACUACAAUGUGAUCUUGAAGGACAUGGAGGUAGAUGGGGAUUUUUUAGAUCUCCCUACAGACAUAUUUGAUUCUGGAAGUGGAAGAGGAACAAUAAUAGAUAGUGGUACCACCUUGGCUUAUCUUCCAGCUUCGGUUUACAACCAGAUAAUGACGAAGCUUAUGGCUCGGCAUCCGGGACUACAAUUGAUUCUUGUUGAUGAGCAGUUUACUUGUUUUCAUUUUCCCAACAACACGUUAGAUGAAGAAUUUCCAGUUGUCAAGUUUCACUUUGAAGGGCUCUCUCUGAUAGUUUAUCCACAUGACUACCUGUUCUUGUAUAAAAAAGAUAUUCGUUGUAUUGGCUGGCAGAAAAGUAACACACAAACUAAGGAUGGAAAAGACCUGAUUCUUCUUGGAGAUCUAGUGCUGUCAAACAAAUUAGUUGUAUAUGAUCUUGAUAACAUGACAAUUGGAUGGACUGAUUUCAAUUGUUCUUCCAGCAUUAAAGUGAAGGAUGACCAGAGUGGAACUGUAUAUACAGUGGCUGCAAAAGAUCUUUCUUCAGCUUCCACUGUGUUUAUUGGAAGAAUAUUGACAUUCUUUUUGUUGAUUAUUGCCAUUCUAAGCACUUAA